CCCCCCCCCCGGUCUCUCUCUUUCUCUCUCGCCAGUCGCGAGCGUGAGUCGUCAGUUUGUGCUCUCAGCUGGCCCUGGCGACGGGCAUGGAAGGAUCUGGGUAUCUAUUCCCCGCUUGACCAUAAUUCAUUCCAGUCUGCAUUCGGCAGCGGGGACGUUCGGUACAGGGCCUACAUGCGAAUCCGAGAAAGGGGCUCAGAAACGUGUCGUCCUGCUUUCUACUUUCUUCUCACAGCCUAACGAGGAUGGAGUCUGGUGCAUUUUCUCUCCUGAUUCCUCUGCUGUGCCUCUUGGGCCUGGCAGAAGUAACAGGGAGCAAUCAAGAGAACCAGCAAGUGUCCAUCCACGAUUAUUGCAUCGUCGGAGCCGGGCCGGCCGGUCUCCAGCUCGGAUACUUCUUGAAACAAGCUGGACGGGAUUACAUCAUCUACGACAAGGCCGACCGACCAGGCAGUUUCUUUGUGCGCUACCCCCGGCAUCGGAUGCUGAUCAGCAUUAACAAGAGGUUCACGGGCCGAAAGAAUCGAAUCUUCAACGAGAGACACGACUGGAAUUCCCUGUUGAGCCACGACGAUUCCCUCAGAUUCCCGCUCUACUCCGACGAAUUCUUCCCGCAGGCCGACGUCCUUGUGAAGUACUUAGAGGACUACCAGAAAAAGCUGGGAAUCAACGUCCAAUUUAACACGGAGGUGAAGAACAUCGUCCGGUUGCCACCGGACGUGCAGACUCGAAAUGGAACCACUUUCUUCAUGCAAGAUCAACACGGGAAUCCGCUCGGGUGCAGGGUAUUGAUCAUGGCGACGGGGUGGUCGCAGCCGAAGCUAGUGCAUUUUCCAGGUUCGGAAUAUGUGGAAAACUACAACGAUUUCGAUGUGAAUCCAAGGAAGUACGAGGGGAAGUCCGUCUUGAUCAUCGGCCGAGGGAAUUCCGCUUUCGAGACGGCAGACGCCAUUUAUAAAUAUACAAACGUAGUGCACAUGGUUAGCCGGAGCCGGAUUCGUCUUUCCUGGAACACGCACUACGUGGGAGACCUCAGAGGCGUGAACAACGCGAUCCUGGACACGUACCAGCUCAAGUCCCUGGACGGUCUUCUAGAAUUCGACGUCAGUCGCAUGAAGUUGGAUCGGAGGAACGGGAAACUCUACGUAUCCGUGGACUGGGGAGACCAAUACAACGACUCCUCGAUAUAUCCUCGAGUGAAGCCGGACAGCGAGGACAAUUUCGAUAAUUUCCCCUUCCGACUCCCCUACGACCACGUGCUCAGCUGCCUCGGAUUCGUCUUCGAUGAUUCCCCCUUCCACGAGUCGACGAAGCAAGAAAGGGCGGCAAAGAUCCCGAAAUUUCCCGCAAUAAGGUACGAUUUCCAGUCCUGGAACACGGAAGACCUCUACUUUGCCGGCACACUGGCCCAUUCCCUGGACCAUCGGAAGUCAGCCGGCGGUUUCAUCCACGGCUUCCGCUAUGCAGGUGAGGCAUACACAGAGCACCGAGCGGCCCCCCAUGUCAUCCCAUUUGGCGGCCUUCCGCCUCCAUGUUUUCCCAUUUGGUGGCCCUCCGCCUCCAUGUCUUCCCAUGUGGCUUCUCCCGCCACUUCAUUUGGGCUAGUGAAUCGUUUAAUGCCUUUUCACGUAAGAAGCCUGCACAAGAUCAUGGAGUACCGAUACCACGGACGCCCUUGGCCAUCCGCCCAGUAUCCAAUGUCCGAAUUGCUGAACGUGGUGGUGAAGAGGAUGAAUGAAGCCGCUGGCCCAUAUCAGAUGUUAUCCUUCCUCGGCGACGUUGUCAUUCUUCUUCACGAGCCUCCAGUGAAUGCUAAUGGCGGGUUCUCGGAACUCAUCAGUCAUCCAGUUGAUUAUUCGAGAAAGUACAGCUCGUUUGGGCACGAUUUCCAUCCCGUUGUGAUAUUUCCCCACAGUACAUUUGUGUACCUGGAGGAGUUCCCGGUGAAGCUUCUGCCGCAUUUCGCGGAGGUGACGGGUCACACGGGCUCCCAGAUCCUGGUGAUCAUCAACGAAUACGGUCCGGGAUUCUCGGGACCGGACGUGGACACCCUGGGCCCCGACCGGGCGUCCACCGGCGGUCCCAUGGAAGCUCAUAAAUCCAACUUCUUGCAUCCCGUCCUCUACUACUAUGACGGAUACCUUCCCACCGGUGAGAUGUGCGAUAAACUAAUUGCACUUCGUGAAAGGGGCGAUGUCGAGGAGGAAAUAAUGGAGUCGAACCCGAAAGAUUGGCCGUACGGUCUACCGAAGCCGAGCAAGAUGCACCACGUCGUCGAGGAUUUCCUCAGCGUCUGGUUGGGGUCCAUGACGCACGUCCUUCCGUUGAGGAGGUUCCUCGAGACCAUCUCGGGACAGGAUCUUCGACAUUACCUCAACGUUCACUGCUUCGACGUUGCGCUCAAUUUCGCCAAUGUUCCUCAGAGCUGCCACAACUUCCUCGACGGGCGGGGUUUGCAGUUCUCCGUUCGAGAGGGAACGGACAUCGUCAACUACCUCGUUAGACCUCUCUUCGGAGUCCUUGCGUUGGGAGAAACUCCCGCGGAGAAGAAGAAAAUGGAAUGCACGGAUGAAGACUUUGAUUGGGUCCCGAAUCAGGUGAAUCGGACCCAAGUACUGGAAAACCGGCGGGGGAAAUUCUAUCGAUCCACGGCAGACAUCUUUGCCCACGAUCCAAUGGACGAAACGGAAGAAAUGGAAUCCAUGCUGUUCAUCUACGAGGACAGACACCCCGAGUACAUGAUCGAGGAUGACGACGUGCAAAUGAUUUGGCGUUGGUCACGAUCUGCCGUCCCUUCCCACUUCCUCGAUUCUCCCUUGGAAGUCCUGACCGAACAGGACUAUCAAACAAAGACCAGCCACGUUCAACAUGGUCUCAUCUUGUUCUACCUUCCAUGGGACGGCGCGAGUCGCACAGCGAUGGAGCAGCUCUUCACCGUCUUGGCAGAGUUUCAUAAAGACCCAGAUUUCCAAGUGCCGUUCCUAGGUACUCUAAACUGCUUCGAUUGGCCCUUAAUCUGCGAACAGGAGAUGAUCAAUGAAUACCCAACCCUCAGACUCAUCAAAGACGGUCAUAUGCUGCCCUACCAGAGGCAACUGACCAUCCAGGAGCUCACUUCAACGCUCAAACUGUUGCAGAGGCCGGCAGUCGAACGGAUCAGGACGGCCAAGGAAGCCGAGAACUUCUUGUCUGCCGAAACUCUCGACAAAUAUGAAGUGGAUAACAGCGUGAUCCUCGUCUGGCCCGAUCUUGCCAACAAGUGUGACAAAGGAAGGCUGGAAGUAUUGGGUCCACUGAUAGGCAAGUACAUGUUUGCACUGGCAGACAAUUCCUCAUCCAACACCUUAUAUCAAAAGUACGGUCGUCACCUGGGUCUUCUGCACCGGGGACAACCCUGGGCAAUAGUUGCUCGAGGAUCCGAUGGUUACAUUCCCCAUCACAUCCGAUCUGUCCUCAUCCCCCACAACAAUAGAACCAUCUCAGGCUCCAUUGCAGACUUCACCAUCCCCAUUUUUGGCGAGCUGAAUGCAGCGACAUACCCGAUGUAUGCAAGGACAGGGAAGCCUUUGGUGAUGCUUUUCGGCACGGAGUUCCAGCGGAUCGCCCCGGCUUCUAUUCUCGGUCAUCUUGCUGCUUCGAACGCCUUCCCGCAGUUCCAUUUCGUCUGGCUCAACAGUGACAUGCCGGGAGUGUUGGUGGCGACGGAGGAUGGAGGACACAUAGCCAUUCUGGAUCAGGGCAUGAAUAAGGCAUUCUGGUAUGAUGAAAAUACUUCCUCCGAAAAAGACAUCCGUGUUUGGAUCUCAGACUUCCUCCAAGGAAAACUUUCGCCCCAAGGGGAGAGACCUCGUGCCGACUGGGUGCCGGCACAGGGUAGCUACGACUUCCUCGAAAUGAUCCAUAUCGACAUGAUGGCCAAGAAAGAAGCAGAGAUGAUGGCUCAAGAGCUCAAAGACACCAUGCAUCAUCGAGAAAGGAUACCCUCAAUGCCAGUCAAAGAAUCCCAAGUGAACCUCACAUCCACUAAGGAGGAUUCGCCCAAAGUCUUGAUUGACACGACUGCAACCCUCCUCACCAUACGUUCCAUGUCUGAAGCGUAUGGUCAGAAGGGCUUUCGAAACUCUAUCAUUUGA